AUGGGAGUAGGGGAAGCGAGGGCGUUUGCGAACGAGAUAAAGACCCUGACCCAAACGAGACAUAGGAAUAUCGUGAAGCUUUAUGGGUUUUGUUCACACGAAAGGGAGACGUUCUUGGUGUCUGAGCUGUUGGAAAACGGAUCAUUGGAUAGCGUUUUGGGGUCAGAAAAAUUGGCCAAGGAAUUGAUUUGGGAAAUAAGAAUUAGAAUAGUGAAAGGAGUGGUUGAUGCACUCUGUUAUUUGCACCAUAGUUGUGUUCCUCCCAUAAUCCAUAGAGACAUUUCAAGUAAGAAUAUUUUACUCGACAAGGAAUUUGAAGCUCAUGUCUCCGAUUUCGGAACAUCCAAGUUCUUGAAGCCUAAUUCUUCCAAUUGGACAACCGUUGCUGGAACAUACGGUUACAUCGCUCCAGAGUUGGCUUAUACGCCAGUAACGACCGAGAAAUGCGACGUUUACAGCUUCGGGGUUCUGGCUCUUGAAAUUUUAUAUGGGUCGCACCCGCAUGAACUCAUAUCCAAGUUGUCGUCCAAUCAAGUGAAGAUAUUGUUGUUGGAUGAUGCAUUGGAUCGGAGACUAGCGCAACCAUUAGGCCAAGAGCUUGAAGAUGAAUUGAAAUGUAUCAUAAACUUGGCUGUUUGUUGCUUGAAUUCUAAUCCACAAGCUAGACCAUCAAUGGAUGAAGUCUCGAAAUUGCUACAAGUUAAGAUUGACACUAAUUAUCCACCCAAGUUUGGUUCUGAAACUGCAACGGCUACUACACCAACUACUGAUUCAUCGUACUAUUCCCAGGAAUCCAAAUUACUUCAGUUUGUCUAG